GCGAGGAUGUGGAGUCACUGCGGUGGAGUCUGUUGAACCCGGGAUCUGAUCAGUGUGUGUGUGUGUGUGUGUGUGUGUGUGAAGCAGCGCUUACAGAACCGGAGCUGCGCGCGGGAACCGGAUCAUGAGCUGACGCGUCCAGGUAAAGCGCGCGCGCAGAGGCUGCAAUGUUUGCGCGGAUACCUUGCGAUGGAUUUUAGCAACGAGGUUGAUCUUUCCAACAACAACAACAACUGCAGCAACGGCAACUUCAACGCUCCUCUGUGGAAAAAGCGUGCCACGGACCAGGUCUCGAACGCCAACCUGAAACCCAAACCGAGACCUUUGAGUUAUCAGAUUGACGGUGUCCUCAUGACCGAUUUCCCCUUGGAGGACAAGUGCUCUUUCACUCUCACGCAGCCUGCAGAGACGAUCACUACGACACAAGGAACCAUGGUGAUUAAACAUGUUUUGAACAAGCCUGCCCGUAAGACUCGCGUUGUAAGGAGCAUUAGUAUUGGGCAUCUAUCCAGUGGACGCUUUUCCCUGGCUAGAUUCAGAUCAGAGAAUAAUAAUAAUGAAGACUCUGUGGCCAGUAACCAGGUCUCAAAAAGCACUCAGUCUACAAAAACUGCAAAUGGCUCGAUCAAAACUAAGACCAAAAGAGAUCAUGAUCCUCUAAAGCGACUAUCCAGCCCAGUUACCCUCGUCUCCCAGAGCGAGCAGAUUGUUUUCGGAGACUCGUCCCCAGCAUCAGUUAUUCAAACCCCACAGAAACCUACCUCCCCCUUAUUGAAUUCCCCACAGCUCUCCUCUCCAGUUGCUCUUCGAGCUUCAUCUCAGAGUUCCAUGUCCAGCACUCGUUCCCUUUCUUCUUGCUCUUCUUCCUCCUCCUCCAUUCCCAGCACACCAACCGAACAAUCCCUGUCUCCAUCUGAAGACAGCGGCGUACCUCCAGUUUCACGUCAGUCCUCGAUCACCUCCCAGGGUUCGGACGCCAAGUCGCCCCUGCCUCGCAUGGUCCUCAGUACCCACAGCCCUGCUGCGUUAAAGCUGGGCACCCAGCAGCUCAUUCCUCACAACCUGGCAUCUGACAAACGACCCGGCAAAACCGGACAGUCUGGCGGGCUGAUGGACCCUUCCAAACGUAACCUCCGUGUCCGCAGCAUGGUGGAGAGCGGAUCCUUUUUCUCCAGCACUAAGGAAGAUGAAGAGGCAGAUAGUGAGGAUGCUCCUGGGCUGUUCAGGAGGGGCCUGAGGUCCACGUCAUAUCGCCGGGCUGUGGUCAGCGGUGUAGAACUGGAAGUCCCUUCUAACCUGCCAAGAGUCACAGAGAUGAAAGAAGGACCCCGGAGUCCACGGCCAUCCAAAAGCAAGAGUGGACAGAAGAAGAAAAGACUGCAGUCCCAAAGGACAUUUGACAGCGAGGAAGACGAGGUUCUGUAUCAGAACUACCAGGAGAAGGCUCUGCACAACGACUCGGAUGAGGACGCCGAGUCGAGAGAGUCCAAAGCGGACGAGCGCAUCGUGGUGCAGUACAAACCCAUCCGGACGUCCUGGAGUCAGCUUAGCGUGGUGAAAAAAAGCGGCGUGUGUGAUCAGCUGAGCCAAGAGGAGCGCAAGAGACAAGAGGCCAUCUUCGAGGUGAUCUCGUCCGAGCACAGCUACCUCCACAGCCUCAUGAUCCUCAUCCGGCUGUUCAAGGACUCGGCAGAGCUCCGAGACACCAUGACCAAGACGGACCACCACCACCUCUUCUCCAACAUCGUGGACGUGUGUGAGGCCAGUAAAAAGUUCUUUAAGGAACUCGAGGACAGACACCAGCAGAAUAUCGUCAUCGAUGACGUCAGCGACAUCGUCCUCAGACACGCCCAGGCAAACUUCGAACCCUAUGUGACGUACUGCUCGAACGAGGUGUAUCAGCAAAGAACCUUCCAAAAACUGGUAAACAAGAGGUCGACCUUCAAGGAGGUCCUGUCCCGGAUCGAGGCUCACCCGGAUUGCCGGAACCUACCCAUGAUCUCUUUCCUGAUCCUCCCCAUGCAGAGAGUCACCAGGCUCCCUUUGCUCAUGGACACUAUUUGUCAGAAAACACCUAAAGACUCUCCUCAGUGUGAAGCGUGCAAGAAAGCUCUUCAGUCCGUCAGUAAGCUUGUACGGAAGUGCAAUGAAGGUGCGAGGACAAUGGAAAGGACCGAGAUGAUGUACACCAUUAACUCCCAGCUGGAGUUUAAGAUUAAGCCGUUCCCGCUGGUGUCGUCCUCUCGCUGGAUGGUGAAGCGCGGUGAGCUCACGGCCUACGUGGAGGAGAGCGGGAUCUUCUCCAGGAAGACGACACGCCACCAGGUCUACUUCUUCCUCUUCAACGACGUCCUCAUCGUCACCCGCAAGAAGAGUGACGAGAGCUACACGGUGAUAGACUACGCUCUGAGGCAUCAGAUCUGGGUGGGGCCGUGCCAGCUGGAGGACCUGAACCUCUCGCCAACACGCACCACCGCGGGCAUGCUGACGUCACGACAGGCCGGAGCCAAUCACCUGUUCCGACUCAAAUUCCGCAGCAACCACUCAGGAGACAAAGUGCCCAUGGUCCUGGGGGCGGAGCUUCUUAAUGAGCGCGCUCGCUGGAUCAGCGCACUCGGACACACUAACAGUGAGAAGAGGAACGUGGACAGAACAAAUUCCAUGCAGGUGGAGGUGAUUCGUACGUACACGGCUCGGCAGCCUGAUGAACUCUCGCUGCAGGUGGCAGACGUCGUGAUCGUCUCACAGACAGCAGACGACGGUUGGUACGAGGGCGAGCGAUUACGGGACGGAGAGAGAGGCUGGUUCCUCGCCGAGUGUGCUCAGCCAAUCACGUGCCAGGCCACCAUCGAGAAGAACAUGCAGAGGAUGAACCGCCUCCAGGGUCUGGAGACCAACGUGUGAGCGGGAGUCGCUACGCUUCCUCCAUAAACACACACACAUGAACCACUUGCAGAGAGACUGCGGGAGUGAGGAGCAGCACCGGGCGUGGUCACAGAGCACUGGGACACCAUGGAGCUCUUUUUUUUUAUUAUUAUUUUUAUUAGAAAAGGAGAAUUUUUAUUAGAAGAAGAACUUGAGGAUUCAUUCAGGUUCCCAACAGGAACGUUUAAAGAACCCAGAGGCGUGUGAGGCGUACACGCUGAGGCCUGAUGAUGAACUGAUCGAAAUGAAAAGCACUUUGUGGAGUGCAACUGAAAGAUCCACUAGGGGGCAGUACUGAUUCUGUAUUAAGAAACAAGCUAAACUUUGGGGUUUCACAGCGACGCUAACGCGUCUAAAUAUGUUGUGUAUCUGUAAAUAAUAUUGCAUGAGAGAUUAAUUUGCACUCCACUUCAGUUUUUUUUUUUUUUGGGGGGGGGUUUAAAUGAUGUCGAUUCUUGACACAAAUCACUUUCAGGGUGUAACAAUACACACUGUGGAAUUGUUCAAUGAGGGGGAGGGGUAAAUAUUUUCCCAACGCACUGAGGACAAUCAGAAAGAGCUUUCCAACCAUGUGGAUUUUCAACACCUGAGCUUUCGCACCAGCUUCACGUCCACGGACUCCUGAAAACAAGUCCAACUCUACAAGAGACUUUUAUUGUGUAAACUUUUAACUGCAUGUGUUUUUUUCCGGGAGACGCAACAGGAUGAGCACGAAACGUUUUUAACUUCUCGUCUGUAUAAACGCAAAGUGUAAAUACGUGAAAGGACAGAGUUCAGGGCUCAGGAACGGUUUGUAUUUUUUUUAAACUAUAAAUAUAUAUAAAUACAUAUUCACUCAACGUCUAAAAGGCUGGAGUGGUUGUACUUAACCAGCGGCAAUUUGCAUAAACGGUCAGGAGCGCGGCGCUCGGGACGACGAGCCGCAUGGUGUAUAAAUCAUACUUACAUAACGGCUUUUAUCUUCCUAAAGAUCAAACGCUGCACUUCAGCGCCGCAGUUAUGAAACUGGAAAAUUACGCGGAGUUUAAAUUUUUUGUGACGCUGGCUCGGAGAUUUGUCACAAGGACAAAAAAAACUAAAAAAUAAAAUGUUUUAAAAUGAUUUUUUUUUUUUUUUUUAUGAAGGAAUGCUUAAAAUGAGGUGCUUUUUGCUUUCAGAUUUGUACUGGUGCUCUUUGAGGAGGGGUGUAUAUGAAUGAUUACAUUAAAUCUAAUACUGUAAAUAUUGCAUCAUAUACUGUAACCUGUGUAUGAUCCUGUAACUGAUCUAAAAGCAAAUAUAUUUUAUAAAGGGCCGGGUUUGUUGCA